CCGUCGUCGUCACUUCCCCUUGUCCUUCAUGUUCCGUCUUGCUAUUGCUCGCACCGCCCUCAGUUCUGCUCGUCCCGUAGCAUCACUCGCGGCCCUCAGACCUGUUCUUGCUCGGGGUUAUCAUGAGAAAGUGAUCUCGCACUAUGAAAGGCCUAGAAACGUGGGUUCCCUCCCUAAGAAUGACAUAGAUGUUGGCACCGGGCUCGUAGGAGCUCCUGCUUGCGGCGAUGUGAUGAAACUCCAAAUUCGCGUUGAUGAAAACGGUAUCAUCUCUGAUGUCAAGUUCAAAACCUUUGGUUGCGGUAGCGCCAUUGCAUCAAGCUCGUAUAUGACCGAGCGCGUUAAGGGUCUUUCUCUUGAGGAUGCCGGCAAAAUUAAAAAUACCGAAAUUGCCAAAGAGCUUUGCCUACCUCCCGUCAAACUUCACUGCUCCAUGUUGGCUGAAGAUGCCAUCCGGUCAGCAAUUCGGGAUUACCGGUCCAAGCGCGACACCCUACCUAAUCCGAAGCAAAAAGGAUUCAUCGAUGUGACGCAGAGUACUGCUACCGGUGAAACUGUUGCUACAGCUCACCCCGGCCAAGCAUAAACACUUCUAAUAUUUGCGAUUCCUCCGUUGUUAUCAUACCUUGCAUUUUGGAAGUUUCCUUACCAUCUUACUUAACUGUAGGUAGUUCUUUUUUCUGUAGCAUUUGUAACAUUAUCCGCAUCUUCAAAAAGUGACUUGUUCAAGUAUUCGAUGGUUGAUAGAAAUUGAUG